CGGCUGCGCGAGGUCGGGACGGGCGGGGGUCGCGUGCAUACACCGCGACCAGCGGAGACUCUCUUGAUCUAUUUUUUUUUAUUUUAUUGUCCAAAUAAAUCUCACCACCAGCCCCAAAACACGCCGAAUAACCCCCCCAUCGGCACGAGAUCACAGUCACCGGCGGAGCUCCGGGAGAUCAGACGCCUGCGGCCUCCGUAAAAAGUUUCUCGCCGGCGCUCGUGACAGCGGCGGGAAUCUUGGGCGGCUCUGGGAUUUAACGAGAGCGGAAUUUAUCCGACAACUGGACAACUAUCUUCAGAUACUAUAAACAUCAGCACAAAGACAGUUAUUUUCACCAGACCGACAGUCUCAGCGCCCCCGCCCGUGUCCUCCGGUAAACUGACGGUAAAGUCUCUCAUCCGACCGACCAGCUGAUCUGAUUUUUAAUGAGGAACGUAUGACCGACAGAAGAACACACACAACACCCAACACACACACCGUAUUCGGUGAAGCUGGAGCCACUGAAGACAUGGCUGCUUCAGUGAAAGUAGCAGUAAGAGUUCGGCCAUUCAAUGCCCGAGAAAACAGCCGGGAUUCAAAAUGUGUCAUACAGAUGCAGGGGAACACAACCUGUAUCUGGAACCCAAAACAACCCAAAGAAGCAAAGAAUUUCACCUUUGAUUAUUCCUACUGGUCUCACAGUACAGAGGAGGACCCAGCGUUUGUGUCUCAGCAGCAGGUGUAUCUGGACAUUGGUGAGGAAAUGUUGCUUCAUGCCUUUGAAGGAUACAAUGUGUGUAUAUUUGCUUAUGGUCAGACUGGAGCUGGAAAAUCUUACACUAUGAUGGGGAAACAAGAACCAGGACAACAUGGCAUUAUACCACAGAUGUGUGAGGAUUUGUUCAAGCGUAUAUGUGAAAAUUCAGACCCUGAGCUCUCUUUCUCUGUAGAGGUGUCGUUUAUGGAGAUCUAUUGUGAGAGAGUGAGAGAUCUGUUAAACCCAAAGAGUAAAGGAGCACUUAGGGUUCGAGAACAUCCCAUUAUGGGUCCAUAUGUAGAAGACCUGUCCAAACUGGCUGUGACAUCAUAUGAUGACAUCAAAGACCUCAUGGAUUCAGGAAACAAGGCUCGGACAGUGGCAGCGACAAACAUGAAUGAGACAAGCAGCCGCUCACACGCCGUCUUCACAAUCAUCUUUACUCAACACCGUAGAGAUCAGCUGACCAACCUCCUCACAGAGAAGGUGAGUAAGGUGAGUCUGGUUGAUUUGGCGGGUAGUGAACGUGCAGAUUCGUCAGGAGCCAAGGGUUUGAGAUUAAAGGAAGGUGCUAAUAUUAAUAAAUCUCUCACUACGCUGGGCAAAGUCAUCUCUGCGCUGGCUGAAAUGCAAACCAGCAAAAGAAAGAAAUCUGAGUUUAUUCCCUACAGAGACUCUGUGCUCACCUGGAUACUGAAGGAGAACCUGGGUGGUAAUUCUCGUACUGCUAUGAUCGCUGCUCUCAGUCCUGCAGACAUUAACUAUGAAGAAACACUCAGCACCCUCAGAUAUGCUGAUCGUGCAAAGCAGAUCCGCUGUAAUGCUGUAAUUAAUGAGGAUCCUAAUGCUCGGCUGAUCAGAGAGCUGAAGGAGGAGGUGAAUCGACUCAGAGAUCUGCUGAUGGCACAAGGACUGAGCCAACUCAUCACAACACCAGCUGCAGAAGUCAACAAUAACCGUGUUACCGCUGUUACUCUCCUGCCUGCUGGAUCCGCCUCUAAUGGAGCUCCACCCAUCACAGGAGAUGGCUCCGCCCCAGAGGAUGACCCCGCCUCUCAGGAUAGCCAUUGCCAAUUAGAAGAGUUUCAGAGUGAGAUCAUUACUAAUGAGGAAGCAGUGGAGAGGUUAAAGGAAACCGAGAAGAUCAUCGCUGAACUGAAUGAGACAUGGGAAGAGAAACUGAGAAAAACUGAGUCCAUACGAUUGGACAGAGAGUCGGUUCUGGCUGAGAUGGGCGUCUCCAUAAAACAAGAUGGAGGAACUGUAGGAGUGUUCUCACCUAAAGGGACGCCUCACCUGGUGAAUCUUAAUGAAGAUCCAUUGAUGUCAGAAUGUUUGCUGUAUUACAUCAAAGAGGGAGUGACCAGGGUCGGUCAGAAGAAUGUGGACAUUAAACUGACUGGUCAGUGUAUUAAAGAGGAACACUGUGUAUUUUACAGUCACAUCAAUAACAAUGGAGAAGUGGAGGUGAUUCUGGAGCCGUUGGACGGAGCGGAGACGUAUGUGAACGGGAAACAGAUCUUGGAGCGUCAGACGCUCAGACAGGGUAACCGUAUUGUGAUGGGUAAGAACCACGUCUUCCGAUUCAAUCACCCGGAGCAGGCACGUUUGGAGCGAGAGCGCAGUUCUUGCCUGGAGCUGCAGGGGGAGGCGGUGGACUGGAAUUAUGCUCAGAAAGAGCUGCUGGAGAAACAGGGCAUCGACAUUAAACUAGAGAUGGAGAGAAGGUUACAGGAUGUGGAGGUUCAGUAUCGUCGAGAGAAAGAGGAAGCAGAUUUGUUGCUGGAACAGCAGAGAUUGUACGCAGACUCAGACAGUGGAGAUGAUUCAGAUAAACGCUCCUGUGAGGAGAGCUGGAGACUCAUUUCAUCUCUGAGAGAGAAACUACCAGCUAACAAGGUGCAGUCUAUAGUGAAGCGCUGCGGUUUGCCCAGCAGCGGAAAGCGGCGGGAACCAUUACGAGUUUACCAGAUACCACAGCGCCGGAGAAUCUGCAAAGACCCCGAGCAGGUGACGUUGAGUGACCUAAAGCUUCAGGCGGUGAAGGAGAUCUGUUACGAGGUGGCGCUCGGCGACUUCAGACACACUCGCCGUGAGAUGGAGGCGCUGGCCAUCGUUAAGAUGAAGGAGCUGUGCCGCAUGUACGGCAGACGGGACGCCGCGGAGAAGGAGGCGUGGAGAGAGGUGGCGCAGGACGUCUGGGAGACGGUGGGCCUGGGAGACGAGCGUGCCCAGGAGAACACGGACGCCUGCGCGGAUGGGGAAAGCGUCAAAAGUGGCGUGCACGAUCUGAAAGCGCAUAUCGACAAAUUGACGGAUAUUUUACAGGAGGUCAAAGAGCAGAACAACAUGAAGGAUGAGGAAAUCAAAGCCCUCAGAGAUAGAAUGAUAAAGAUGGAGAGCAUCAUACCAGCAGUACAGCAGGAUGAUGAAUCAUCAGAGGAUCUGACUGAGAAAGUCGUCCAGGGGCGGAGCGAUGAGGAGGAUGGGCGCAGCUCACAACUCCCCAAAGAACAACGGGUGACACGACUGAUGGAAGAAGACCCUGCCUUCCGCCGGGGCCGUCUGCGCUGGCUCAAACAGGAGCAAACGCGUCUGCACAACCUGCAGCAGCAGCAGAUCACCAAGCAGCUACGCCGAGGAGCUGGCGGAGGAGAGGCCGUCGUUCACCUUCCCGGUACGGGCCGCUUCAUUCCUCCGCAGGACUGCAAGCUGAAGUUCCCCUUUAAGAGCAACCCGCAACACCGGCUCUCCUGGGGGCCCAACGACUAUAAGGAGGAGCGUAACGAGACUCGAAACUCCGCCCCCUGCGUGCCAUUACUUCCUGUACCCUUUCAGGUGCCGGUCAUCAUGCGAACGCCUUCUCCCGGUCGCCCCUGGACGCCUCGCCACUACCCCAAUGGAAGCAACGGCAAUGAUUUUCCACAGCAGUGGCAGUACAGGCGCAACUCGCUGGAUGGCUCUGCCUUGGCCGGCAACCAGGGUUACUAUAGCAACGCUCAUCACAACAACAACUCGCAGCAGGCGGGCCGCGGCCGAUAUCGGCGUCAAUCGCCGGGCCCUUGGGCACGAGGACAGGAGGAGGGUUACGCCACGGCGUACACGCAGACGUGGGGCCGUCACCAGCAACCUCCCCAAAACUACCAGACUGCACCACACGCAUCUGGAAGUUGGACGAACAACCACAAAGCCCAGGGGUACGUCACCCCUCCACGCAUGAGACGACAGUUUAGUGCACCUGACCUUAAGAAUAGAGAAACACCCGUCUGAUGUGACGUCAUGCACUUUACUGGGCUCCUGUGUGUGUGUGCGUGUGUGUGUGUGUGUCAACUUUCCAUCAUUUUAAGUCAGAAAGAGAUUUUCUGCAAGUAUGCAAACUCAGAUGUGGUUGCUGGUGAUCGUUCUGUUCCUGUUGUGCGUCCUUUUCGUGUGUUCUUGUUGUGUUACUGUAGCAGUAAGUGUGUUACUCUCUCGACCUGAAUGAGAAACCUGACUUGCAGAAGUCUACACUGAUGCAAUAGCUGUUGACGUCAGGAAUGCAAUCGUGCAAUAAAUCAAUCUGUGUUGUGUUUGCAUACUUGCAUAAGUUGUGUCACAUGUUGUUGUUGUUGUUGUUGUUGUUGUUGUUGGUGUGAGUUAGUUGAUUCAAACACAUGGCACCUCAAAACUCUGUGUGUGUAUCUCCACAGUAACUCAAACUAGUUGUGCUUUGAAUCACUCAGCAGUAGAUGUUAUAUAUUCAUGCCUCAGUGCCUUAAUGUGAACAUCUGUGAGAUGUUGAAGAUUUGAUUGAUUGAAGUGAAGUUUCAGAGCUCAGAAUAACAGGCAGAUAUCUGACAGAAGGUUAUGUUGCGCUUACACCAGACGUGAAUGAAGCGUGUUAAGCGUGGGUGAUUAACAUUUUAAGUCAAUGCAAAGAUGCGAUAGACAUCCUGCGGUGCAAUUCUCGUGAAUGAGGCAGCACGAAUGACACUGUGCAAAUGGAGUGUCUCAGGCGAGUUGAAAAAUCUGAACUUUGGUGGAUAUUUGUGCCGUGUUAACCAAUCAGGAGCUUGCUCUAGUAGUGAUGUGAUUAUGAUGUAAUGCGUAACAACAAUGGAGGACAAAAUCCACAUGGCUGUAUGUGGACACCCUGUACGACACAUCUUCGUACUUUUAUAGAAACAGGAAUUAAAAGGAUCUUGCUUGAAAGAAAACGAGUUAAGAGGUUGGAGCGUAAAACAUGCUCUCUUUUUGACACUACAAGCUAGCUUAAGCUUAAUUCGCUUCUGGUGUGAACGCAGAGUAAGAGUUUCCUGACGUCGUGUUUAUAUAUCUGACUCUACAGAUGAUUCACGACUCUCUAGACCUGCAGCAAUGAGGUUUGAUUCUUUUAAAUGAUUCAACUUUGUUUGAGAGUUCAGUUUGAAGCUGGAUGAACAUUUGAUUAAUAUCCAACAUUUUUUUUUACUUUUUAAAGCGAGCUGUAGAUUUCACCUGUCCACACACAGUAGGGCUUUUCUAAACCCCAGGUUAAUGGAAUCUUGACUUAUCGGUUUCAAAUUUCACACCGUUCAUACUUAACCAAGGGUUAAGAGAUAAUCCUGGGUAUUCAUAAUCUGACGUUUUACACUGCAUUCCUAAACCCUGGGUCAGAUGUCUGAAACCCUGCUCAUACACCUGUCUGUAAUGAUCAACCCUGAACACCUUGAUGAGCUGCUUCAGCUGGGAUUGACUAGGGUCAUAACAUUAUAACCCUGCUUCAUUUCACAAUGUAUGCGUUUGGCACUGCAAUGCGGGGUUAACUCAAGAGCAGGGUUUCAUAACCAUGGGUUAAUUUCAGGGAUAACCCAGCUUGUAAAUUACAAGUGUGAAACUAUCAUAAACCCAGGGUCUACUGAGAAUUUAAUCCAACAACUGAUAGAAACGGAUGAAGUUCAGGAGGAGCGUGAUCAUGUAAUCCAACCAAUCAGCACACAGAGGUCUCUCUCUAUAGCUGUCCAGCAUCCCUCCUUCACCCCAUCACCUCACUCUCUGCUGGAGGAGGGGGGGAUACUCUGGGUUUGGGGGGAAAUAUUUCAAGCUCAGAUCCCUUUCCUCGGAUAGCCAAAUCUGCUUUAUUUUUAUAGUUGAUGACACGUUCAUGUGAACUUAUGAAACAGCCUCAGUGAUGAUGACACCAGCAAUAGCUUUAUAAACGACUUCAUACUGAGCAUCAUACAGCACUGACAUGAACGAGACAAAAGAACUGACAGACUGUAAUGAAAAGAAAGAGGGAAAGCGUAAGUUAAGAAAAGUGUGCAGUACUGAAGAGACUUUAGAUUGAUGAUAGAAAUGUUGAAUUGUUGUGGUUAUGUGAUGUCGUGUGAUGGUUCUCAUGAGAGCCGUGAUAAAGAGGUUUUCAGUUUUGCUAUUUAUUUGGAAUAAAAUGACUUUUAGUAGUUUGAUAAGAAAUAUCAUCUGAUAUGAGACGUGAAGAUUGUAAAGAUCCUCUGUAGAUUGAGAGUAAAGUCAUCUGGGUUUAUGCUGUAAUAUAACCGUACAGAUGAACGCUGAGCUCAGUGAGAGAUCCAUCACGUCAAUGGUUAAGAUAAAAACCAUUCUUGGAAAGAUGACAGAUGAUCCGACAACAAAAUCUACUGCUUCACCUGUUUAGUUUUUGAUCUUUAUUAGCUUUAGUAUAGUUUAUGAUUCACAUUUUGUUUAGCAUGGGUUUGGGUGCUCAUGUAUGUUUAAUCUGCUGGGUUAUAUAUAGACGUGAUGAGCUGUGUGUGUGUGUGUGUGUGUGUGUGUGUGUGUGUGUGUGUGUGUGUGUGUGUGUGUGUGUGUGUGUGUGUGUGCGCAUUUGUUGACAUGUUUAGCUCCAGACAUCACUGCUUCGGUUUCAUUUAUUUUCACUUUUUGUUGCUCUUUCUUGUUUCUGGAUUUUAAGUGACUAUACUUGGUUUUAAAAACCCCAAAAUGUCAAUAAAAACAUUUAAAAUGAUGAAAUGUUUUGUGGUGUUUGAUAUCCACUCCUGUAGCUCUUCAGAAAUAAAUCAGUAGUGUUAGUGAUGUGAUGUUGAUGAAGCAGAUGGAAAACUUUAAUAAUCAGGACAUCACCACACUCCCUCCAAUAGACCCUUUUACAGCUCACGUGAUCAAAUAGCCUGCACGCGCAUUUAGUCAACAGAAGUGGUGUUAUUCCCCAUUGGUUCUAUCGUGUUAGCAACUCAGAAAGUUUAUCAAAACGGAGUCCCAGCAUCAAAAUGUCUGGUUGUUGUGUUUGGUUGCAGUACAUAAUAUACUAAUAUAUGCAUAUGUAUCUGGCAUCUUUAUAUUUAUUAUAUCUGCUAACGUCUUCUAUCCACUCCACUAUAGUACACAGAUCUGGUAGUUGUGUUGAAAAAGUUGAUAAAAGUCUUGCGUUGCUUCUCUGCUGAUUCUUGGCAUUCUUCCGUUGCCAAAAUGUGUGCACAUACGUUUCCACGUCAUCAUUGUGUAUAAACAGUAAAAGGUUCUAUACACUUACAUGUGGUGUCUGCUUCAGAGAAUUAACUCAAUACUGUGUUCUACCUUGCACAAUGUGUCAUUUCAACAUAAGAAUUUAUAAUUUGUCAAUUUUAUCUCAUUUUCUGCUGAAAUUCUCAUUACCGCAAUGUGUCCGGCUGUGUUUGAACAUGCGUUAUGUUGUAAUUUUAUCAAAUUAACACAAAAAUAUUUAGAAAAAAAAUAAAUGGAUGUUUUGCUAGACUACUUUAGAUGACAGAAAAACUAUUUACUGAAUAUUCAUGUAUAAUAAUAAUGAAGAAAAAUUAGGAAAAUGAUGUGUCCAUGCCUGAUGUUCUCAUCCUCCGCAACACUUUUUGAGAACAGUUUAAGCACACAUACAGAAUUGUAAUAAAGUUUGAUUUUGAAUGACCAAGCACAUGGACCAGUUACUUCAAGAUGGCUACCAGGUAAGAUCAUUUUUUUACAGUUAAUUUGAAAUAUUGUCUUGUCAGAAUGCUUACACGACAUUUUGAUUAUCAUUACCGCAACAGAUGCUUAUUAAAUGUUAAUUUAAUUAAUAGAAGCAUAAUACUUUGAUUUUAAAUGCAUGUGCAGAAUCUCCAAAUUAUGUUCUUUCAGGUUUGUCAUGUCAUUUUGAAAAUAUGUCAGUGUUGAUGUUUUCUGACUGUUGCGGUAAUGAGAUUUUUUAGGACUAAUUUUUUAAAUUAUGUUACAAAAAGUGUUAAAUGAUAAGUAAAAGUGUUUAAAUUAAUGUUCCCAUUUACUCUAGACUUUGUUUUUCAAUGUCUGGUGGGAAAAAGUAAAUUUAAGCAAUUUUUACAUUUUCAUGCUUGACAUUUUUAAAACCAAGUUUUCGUGAGAAUCACCGAUAGACUCAUCAUCGUGCAUUGACCAGACGUGAGCAUGCACACACAAACAAACACAUCAGUUAUACAGUAUGAUUGUAUUGCUUGAACAUUAUAUCAGCAUCUUGUUUCUGUUUCCCUAUCUGGAGACACACAGGUUCAAUUCCAGUUUGAUGUGAUGCUCAAUCCACCACCGAUGGUGACUGACCACCUCCUUGUGCACUUGCAGCGAUGUUGAAUUAAGUUGAUAUCAUAUAUUAGUGUAUCAUACAGCUGCAGUCAGUAACACCUCCAGCUCUUUUCUCUUUUACGGAUUGCAGCUGUAAGGUGUCAGAUGAAAACCGGCUCACUCGGCUAAACUUGCACUGCCAAAUGACUUUCUAGCCUAGUAUUCUUAUCUUGUUUUUAGUACAAAUAUAUAAAAAUUCUUAAAUCCAGAUCUAUUUUCUUGAUGAACAAAAUGACCUAAGAGAUUAAGUCUAAAACUAGACCAAUAAUCUAUACAAUGUGCUUUAAAAUUCACUUAAAUCAGGGCCGGCGCUAGCUAUAGGCAGAGUAGGCAAAUGCCUAGGCCCUAGGGCCUCAAGUUUGGAAGGGGGGCCUCCAUAACUGCUAAGUCCAUGUGCGCUGGUUCGAAAAUCACUACUGACAGCAUUAAAUAAAGUUUUAAGGUGAGUUCAACUUUAUGCGGCGCCACCACUGCAAGAAUUAAGUUUGUAUUUAAAAAAGUUUGUAUUCAAAGUCGAACAGCAAACAAAACCGGCGUUACCUAAGUAAACUGUCUGUAUAUCUUGUAAGUUCUCUACACUUUAUUUUAGUUUUCAAAUCGUGAAAGUAGUUUGUCUGUUUAACUUCCAGUGGCAGCUGACUUGUAUGGAUAUUUAAGGUAGUUUGUAAAAAGGUAUUGCAAUAGUCUGAUAGAUAACUUAAUACUGUAUAUUGGUUAAGUAAGAGGGAAAUUCUUCUUUAUAACAAGUUAAAAUAACAAAACAAUAAAAGUUUUUUAGAAGGUGUUCACCUAUAAUUUUUUUAAGGUUGGGUUUUUGCAAUGUACAGUUGUCUUUUUAAUUUUACUCUUUGGAGAAAGCAAAACUGUUAUCCUGUGUUAUCCCAAAAUGGUGGUGUUUUUAAUAAAUGUGACUGCCUUAAAAUUUUUAACACAUGUGGUUUUGCAUAAUUUCUAAUUACAUUUUAGCAUAAAGUUAAUCAAUUUGUUGAUAAAACUUAAUAAAAAGUAAAAGUAAUGGGGAAAAACAUGUUUAUUAGUAGUGCUCAUCUGAUUAUGCAGUAGAAAAACACAUUCUCACAUUAUUCUGAAAAUUAGAGGGGUGUGAGCUGUGAGGGGCCUCCAACAUAAAUUUUGCCUAGGGCCUACAAAUAUCUAGAACCGGCCCUGCCUUAAAUUGUAUACAUUUAUUGUUUAAACCUAGACUUAUUAAAAAAAAAUUAACUGAUGACUGGGGAAAUGUAAAAAAAAACGUAUUUUAAUUUAACUUUAUAUAGUUUUUUACAUUAACCCUUUAGUUCAGAUGUCAUGAUGAGACGAACUUUUAUCAGGAAACACAACAGGAGGGGAGGAGGAGAAUGUGACAUCUGGAGGAAAAGAUUAUGGUCCGAGGAAGACAGAUAGAGCUCACAUGACUUUACUCAUCCUAUAAGAAGUCUAAGAGGAGUACGAGUCUGACAGACGACAGCACAAACAGUCUUUCAUCAUGAGAGCCAUCAUUAGCAUCCUCCUCUUCCUCAUGAUGCAGAGGUGUGUUGUCGCGGGCAGCGGUUGCCAAGGCGACAGAAAUAAGGACCACCGGCCGCGUGUAAGCUGCGUGAAUCAGGGUCUGACGGCCGUUCCGGGAGGGAUCGACCCACUCACACAAGUUCUGGUGCUCACAGAAAACCACUUCAGUUCAGUCUCGUGGUCUGAUUAUUCUCCAUUCCCUCAGCUGUAUGAGUUAGAUCUGAGCCACAAUCAGAUCACAGUGCUGGAACCACCAGGUCCAGUCUUGGAGAACUUGGGUGUUUUGCGUUUGUCUGGAAACAGGUUGACUGGUUUGGGUGGAGAGGUGUUUCGUUGCGCUCCCAAUCUGAUGCAGAUUUAUUUGGAUGGAAAUCGGAUUCGUUCUCUUCACGAUGCCACCUUCAGCUAUUUGCAGCGUCUGGAGGUCAUUAGCCUUUAUCAAAAUGAGCUUCCUGCCCUUCCACCUCGUCUCCUGGAGAGGGUCUCUUCCAGCACUUUAAAACAAUUUGACAUAGAGAACAACAGCGUCUCGCUGAUGCCCGAUGGGUUUUUCUCCUCUAAACCAGACCUGCCGUAUGUUUACUUGUCUUAUAAUCCUUGGCUGUGCAGCUGUGCUGUAGGAUACCUUCACAGCUACCUGAAUGACCAGGAACAUAACGUCUACAAACACAAAGGUCCCGACGUAAUCGUUCCUGGUUCUGAUUCCGUACUAUGUGCCAGGCCACCUCACCUGACUGGACGAACGAUUAUUGAACUAGAGGAGGAUGACUUCUGCCCACCAGAGCCAACAUUUCCCCCUCUCUCUUCUACCCCAUUGGAGACCAGGGCCGGAUUCACGAAAACAUUCUUAAGACAAAUAAGAAAGUUCUUAAGAAAAAUUAUAAGAAGUGCGUAAGAAUGUUCCUAAGUGCAAUUCUUGAAAAGUUCUCAAUUUUGUUCUUAAGAAUAUCUUAAAUUUGUGUCUUAAGAAUAAAAUGACAAGCUUUUAAAUGAAUUAUGAUACCCUACUAAUGAGGUAACAAUACACUUAUCCAUUAAUCUUUUGACUACCUUGCGAUCAUUAACGCGAUACAAACGAGUGAUGCAUUACUACAUGAUGUUAUUCGCUGUUGUAACAGAGGCCAGCUAGUAAGGCGGUGCGGUGCGUAAAUAUAAUUCCAUAAUGUCCCAAUCGGUCUGUCAUGCGGGUCGAGCACUCUGGCUGUGUGUGCGUGCUUCACUCUCCGUGCCCACGGCUUCGUCUCCCGCGACACACGCUCAUGCGUCAAAAGACGGACGUGGAGGGUGAAGCGUGUCCGCGGUUCCGCAGCCCUCGACUCACAUGACGGAGCGAUUACCGGAUCGCCUCCCGCUUAGAGGGACUGAGUGGUUAAGUAAUUUCACAAUGAAUGUAGGCUAUUACGGAGGAAGUUAAAUGUUUGCUAAUAUUAUUAAAACACUAAUACAUAUUUGUGUUUCAUGACAUAUUACUGAUUAAGCCAUUAAACUUCAUUAUAUGAGUGUGGAAUUCCUCUUUAAACUAAUCUAUGUGAAGUAAACUGAUUAAAUUUUCAUUUCAGACUACAAAAAACAACAUGUCACAUUUAAAACAAUCACAUUAACUUAUAAAACAUCUUACAUUUUGAGAUUUAAGACUACUGUAAGGUUAUCCUAACUUUAAGAUGUUAUUUAAGACAGUUUAUUUUUCGAGAAUUUGAAUUCUUCUUAAGUUUUUUCUUAAGAACAUAGGAAAAAAAUAAGAACUUUCUUAAGAAGCUUUUUUGAGAAUACAAAAUAUUCUUAACUUUUUUCUUAAGCUUGAAUUUAAGAUAAAAAUGGCAGUUAAGAAGAUUUUUCUUCUUAAGGAUGUUUUGUGAAUCCGGCCCCAGGAUUUUAAAGCAGCUAAUAUUAUUAUCACAACCCCUCAAGUACCAUCCACUCCGCUCGACACAACCUCGCCUGCUCUGCUCUACGCAACCACGGCCGCUCCGCUCGAAACAACUUCAUCCACUCAUUCCCUCAACACAAACUCGUCCGCUCCACCUGACACGACCUCGUCCGCUCCACCUUGCAGAAAUCUAAACUGAUGCAAUAGCUGUUGAUGUCAGGAAUGCAAUGGUGCAAUAAAUCAAUCUGCAAUAAAUCAAUCUGACACCAGCAAUAGCUUUAAACGACUUCAUACUGAGCAUCAUACAGCACUGACAUGAACGAGACAAAAUAACUGACAGACUGUAAUGAAAAGAAAGAGUGAAAGAGUAAGUUAAGAAAAGUGUGCAGUACUGAAGAGACUUUAGAUUGAUGAUAGAAACGUUGAAUUGUUGUGGUUAUGUGAUGUCGUGUGAUGUUUCUCAUGAGAGCAGUGAUAAAGAGGUUUUCAGUUUUGCUAUUUAUUUGGAAUAAAAUGACUUUUAGUAGUUUGAUAAGAAAUAUCAUCUGAUAUGAGACGUGAAGAUUGUAAAGAUCCUCUGUAGAUUGAGAGUAAAGUCAUCUGGGUUUAUGCUGUAAUAUAACCGUACAGAUGAACGCUGAGCUCAGUGAGAGAUCCAUCACGUCAAUGGUUAAGAUAAAAACCAUUCUUGGAAAGAUGACAGAUGAUCCGACAACAAAAUCUACUGCUUCACCUGUUUAGUUUUUGAUCUUUAUUAGCUUUAGUAUAGUUUAUGAUUCACAUUUUGUUUAGCAUGGGUUUAGGUGCUCAUGUAUGUUUAAUCUGCUGGGUUAUAUAUAGACGUGAUGAGCUGUGUGUGUGUGUGUGUGUGUGUGUGUGUGUGUGUGUGUGUGUGUGUGUGUGUGUGUGUGUGUGUGUGUGGUUGUGUGCGCAUUUGUUGACAUGUUUAGCUCCAGACAUCACUGCUUCGGUUUCAUUUAUUUUCACUUUUUGUUGCUCUUUCUUGUUUCUGGAUUUUAAGUGACUAUACUUGGUUUUAAAAACCCCAAAAUGUCAAUAAAAACAUUUAAAAUGAUGAAA